UUGGAAUAAUUUUCAUUCGCGGAUCGGUAGGUUGUAGGCGUCGUAUAAAUUCAAUUUUUACCAGUGAAAACUUACCAAUCGGACUUGCAAAUAAGUGAAAAUGAAAAAGCAUUCUUUAGUGCAUUGAAAACGAGUGUUUUUCGUGGAUUUCAGGUAAAGUUUGAUCGGAUUUUGUGCUAUGAAAAUUUUUACACAAAAAAAGUUCUGUCUGCGGUGUGGAUUCCGCUCCGGGGUUUUCAUUGGCCUCUCCUGGAGAUCAAUGGCAUAAUCAAGCACAGUGCUGUGAUAGUGUGUGAGGUCGAUCUUGAUAAGCGUGAUAAGUGUACCGGUGAAUUAGAAGAGUGCUAAUAAAAGGGGUUCUGAUUCUAAUCUGUCCGGUACCUGCCACGAGUGCGGCGACGUGGAAAUCAAAUUUUCGCUGAAAACGUCAGGAUUAGAUCUGUCUGGUGCCGAGUGUAAGUGGGGUGAAGUGCGCAUUCUCACACCCGUGCGAGAGGGAUAUCGCUACCGUUUGGGAUGGAAUAUAGCCCUACGAUAAGCACUGCGAUUACGGCUGGAUCGGCCACUGGAUCUCUCGCACGAUCUCGUAUGGAGGCCAAUUACGAGGAUGAUGGAUUGAAGCUACAGUAGCGUCCACAGCUGGCGAAGACACUACUGUGCGAGGGCCGUCUAAUCUCUACUGUGCAACCUGUCGAAGAUCAUUGCACUGCGCGGAAGUGAGCAGCAGAGCCCCCAAAGCAGCGAGAAUAAUUACCAAAUGAGCCACAAUUUCCAGGCUGAUUUCGGACGUAAGCUUCCCGUUUGAUUAGGCUAUACGGUAAACCAACCAACGAAAGGCUGGUGUACGGCAAAAGUUUCAUAAUCGCAAAAUCAAAACACGAAACCGUUAUAAAUCGAGCGCGAGCUUCAACUGUUGGUGGGAAGAAGAGCGGGAGAAAACAAUCACCCGACCGAGCGAGGUUAGGCAUGCUUUUCGACCGCGGCGAACUUAUUCUGCUGCUUUGAGUUGGAUCAUUCCGGACCCGAGAACCGAUCGCGAACAGCAGGGGAAAUCCACCGGUAGUGCCAAUUCGUGCCAAAGUUACGAAAAAGAAAAUUUAAAUCGGUUAAGCCACACGUUCCGCGCGACCAUGAAAUGUGACAUGGAAACAUUGACCAACGACGUCCGCUAGCAGGCUUCGAUCAUUCGCGAAAAACCGGAUGAAUGGCAACCGCCAACGGAGUUUGAAGUUUUGAAAUUAUACCUAGCAUCUACGUAACAGAGUUGGUCAGCACCGGCCGCAGACAACUGGUGAAUCUGUUUUCUGAUUGUGUGCAGCUGCAGUCGUAAUUGUGUUCCUUACAGUGUGCUAUGCCAAGGGCAACUAUUGGCUACGGAUACGGUUUUUACUGUGCGCAGUAGAGAAAAACCGCGGAGCUUCUAGAACGAAAUUAGUGCAAUAGUCUUGUUAGCAUAGAGCUCUCCUAAAGUAAAAGUGAAAUCCGCUAAAUUGAAGCAGUGUUAUUCUUCCUUGCAACAAAAAGGAAACAAAAAAAAAAAAAUGAAAGUAGUUUAAUUAUAUUGUUCAUAACCGAAAUGAGCGUGUAAUAUAUGUAUGAUUAAGUGGGAUACGGUAACAAGCUAUUAUAUUGAUGAAAAGUUAAUAAUUAAAUAUUAAGAAGCACUGGAAUCGACUCCUACGUGCAACAAGUCCAUUAUCGUAACUACUCCCAGUGAGAACAAGUGAUAACUACCGAAAUAUCGAUUUAUGAUUGUAACAACCGUUUGAUACGUGUACGAGCAUUCAACAUGAAGCGGAUGCCGAGAAAGCCGAGCAGCAGCAGUCUUCCCGGCUUUAGUAUGGACCGAGAAAGUUUGGCGGAAUGGGCAAAGGAUAAGCCACUCAGCAUAUUGCAGUUGGACCCGGCAGAUCGUGCCGUUCUGAGAAUAGCAGACGAACGAGAUGCCAUACAGAAGAAAACUUUCACAAAAUGGGUCAACAAACAUUUGAAAAAGCAUUGGAAGUAUCUCAAGACCUACACCCACUUACAUGUAUGUGUUGUCAUCAGUGGAAUACCCUGUUGUCCGCCGGCUGCCUCCAGACGGGUAGACGACCUGUUCGAAGAUCUGCGCGAUGGACACAACCUUCUUUCUCUCUUGGAAGUACUAUCUGGCGAACAUCUUCCAAGGGAAAAAGGAAAAAUGCGCUUCCACAUGCUGCAGAAUGCGCAGAUGGCACUGGACUUUCUGCGCUACAAGAAGAUCAAACUGGUCAACAUCCGGGCGGAGGACAUCGUGGACGGCAAUCCAAAGCUCACCCUCGGUCUCAUUUGGACCAUCAUCCUGCACUUCCAGAUUUCCGACAUCGUCGUCGGUCAGGAGGACAAUCUGACGGCACGGGAAGCCCUGCUCCGGUGGGCCCGCCUGUCCACAGCCAAAUACCCGGGCGUCCGGGUGAACGACUUCACCAGCUCCUGGCGGGAUGGAUUGGCCUUCUCCGCCCUCAUCCACCGAAAUCGGCCCGAUCUCAUCGACUGGCGAGAUUCGAGAUCGCGCCGACCGCGGGAACGGCUCGAGCAGGCAUUCCAUGUGGUGGAGCGCGAGUACGGUGUCACCCGGUUACUCGAUCCGGAGGACGUUGAUACCAACGAACCAGAUGAGAAAUCGAUGAUCACCUACUUGAGUUCGCUGUACGAUGUCUUUCCGGAACCUCCGCAAAUCCACCCACUUUUCGAUAUGGAAUCCCAACGAAGGGUACAGGAAUAUCGGGAGCUAGCCCAGCAGCUGUUGUACUGGUGCCGUGAAAAGACCUCCCUCUUACAGGAGCGAGCAUUCCCAACGACUCUAAUCGAACUGAAACGAUUACUGACCGAUCUGAAUCGUUUCCGAAGCGAAGAUGUGCCACCGCGGCAACGCGACAAACAACGACUAUUUACCAUUUACAAAGAGUUGGAGAAAUAUUUCGAAUCCAUCGGAGAGGUAGAUGUGGAAUCGGAACUCAGGCCUGAAUCGCUGGAGAAAGCGUGGCAUAGAUUGAUGUCUGCGCUAGCGGAUCGAGACAUGAUCCUGCAGCAGGAAGUGCAGCGACUCGAACGGUUACAAAAACUUGCCGACAAGGUGCAGCGAGAGUAUAAGCACACCGAAACCGUAAUUACCAAAAUCGAAACCCGAAUCUCAGAGGAAACCCGCCGUAUCGAGCGACUUCAUCCAGUCGAGGCGAAAAAUAUAGUCGAGGGACUAGAAAGUGAUAUCCGACAUCUGGAGCAGCCCCUCCAGGACAUGAACGAUGACUGCCAUAAUUUAAAGGACGGCCGUUACCCACAGGCUGGCGAAUUGCAUAAAAAAGUUACAAAACUGCACCAGAGGUGGUCCCAGUUGCGCUCUACAUUCCACACUAGCUUAGUACAAAAACUAUCCGGAUUGAGUUAUCCCGUCCAAGAAACGACGAUCACGAAGCAAACGCGUGUCGUCACCGAAACUCGUCAAAUCGGCACAAAUCCAUACUUUAGAGACGUGCAAGAAUACACUGAGUGGUGUCAGACCAAGCUGAAACAACUACUCACUUCCGACUACGGUUCGGACCUGCCGUCUGCCAAGGUGGAAUUGGAACGCCACCAGCACGAGCACAAAGUGAUUGAUCAGUUCCACUCGAAGAUCAUCCAAUGCGAACGGCAUCAGGCGAAUUUCAACGGAGACGAGCUGCAUCUGUACCUGCAGAAGCUAAGCCAACUGCAGAAGACCUACGCGGAACUGCUAAGCACGUCCACAAAGCGGCUGUCCGAUUUGGAUGCACUACAGGACUUCCUGUCGGCGGCCACGUCCGAACUGAGCUGGCUCAACGAUCGCGAACAGAUCGAAGUUAGCCGGGACUGGGCCGAUAAGAAUCUGGAUCUGUCCGCAGUACAUCGAUAUUAUGAGUCUAAUUGCAAGCGUUCCUACGGAAAUGGUGACGAAAACCUGAUGUCCGAGCUGGAGAAGCGCGAGAUGCACUUCGCCACCAUUCUCGAUCGCGGAGAAGCACUUCUAGUCCAACAACAUCCCGCUUCCAAGUGCAUCGAGGGCCACCUGCAGGCUCUGCAGUCCCAGUGGUCGUGGUUGUUGCAACUGACGCUUUGUCUGGAGGUACAUCUGAAGCACGCUACUGAUUACCAUUCGUUCUUUGAUGAAAUCCGUGAAGCUGAAAACUGGCUGGCUAAACGAGACGACAUCCUGAACACAAAGUACUCUCAGUCGGAGUUCUCGUUAGACCAAGGCGAAGCGCUAUUACGAGGAAUGCAGGACAUUCGGGAGGAGCUGAACGCUUUCGGUGAAACGGUUGCCCAUCUGCAGCAUCAGGCCACGACGGUGGUGCCUCUGAAGCAGAGAAAGCAACCGGUCAAUCGACAGUGUACCGUGCAAACAAUUUGCUCCUAUAAGCAGGGAAACAUUUCGUUGGAAAAGAACGAAUCUUGCACGUUGUUGGACACGUCAGGCCGUGUAAAGUGGCGCGUAAAAACCGCAAAAGGCGUCGAAGGCUCUGUACAUGGCGUCUGCCUGCUCCUUCCUCCUCCAGACCAAGAAGCGAUCGACGCCGCUGAUCGGCUGAAACGCCUCUUUGACCGGUCCGUUGCAUUGUGGCAGAAAAAACAACUGCGGCUGCGCCAGAACAUGAUCUUUGCCACUAUUAAGGUGGUCAAAGGCUGGGACUUUGAACAAUUUUUGGCGAUGGGAGCCGAACAGCGUACGGCCAUCCGGCGGGCACUAAAUGAUGACGCCGACAAGCUACUUUCCGAAGGCGAUCCCGCCGAUCCCCAGCUUCGUCGGCUGCGUCGUGAGAUGGACGAAGUAAAUCGACUGUUCGACGAGUUCGAGAAGCGCGCCAGAGCUGAAGAGGAGAGCAAACAGGCUAGCCGCAUUUUCACGGAACAAUGCAUUUCCCUCAAAACUCGCCUAGAAGAAAUGGCUCGCGAGUUAGACCACAUUAUCCUAUCUCCAAUGCCGCGUGAUUUGGACUCGUUGGAACAUGCCGUACAAAUCCUGGAAGACUACAAACGUCGUCUAGGUCUGCUGGAGCCUGAUCUUAAACAUCUACAAGAAACAUUCCGUACAAUCACUCUCAAGACCCCGGCUCUCAAGAAGAGCCUUGACAAUCUAAUGGAACUGUGGAAAGAGUUGAAUACUCAAGCCGGUUUGCAUGGCGAUCGGCUGAAGCUGCUCGAAGGCGCUCUAGCCGGCCUGGAGGAUAACGAGCAAGUGAUUUCCGACCUGGAAGGAAAGUUGUCUCGACAGCUAGAGCUGCCGUCUUCACAAGAGGGUCUGUAUGAAGUGUUCAAAAAGCUAAGCACUAUUCAGGAAACUAUUUCGGCUCAGCAACCGGAAAUGGACAAAAUGAACGAUUCCGCCGACCAAUUAGGUCGCAUGGGUGUACCGACAAAGGUACUUGGCGAUCUGAAACGGCUGCACUCGAACGUGGAGCGUCUCAAUUCGCGCUGGAACAAUAUUUGUGCUCAAUUGGCUGAAAGGUUACGAAGUGUGGAAACAGCCAUCGGCCUGAUGAAAAACCUUCAUACGAGCAUUGUUGUCGAGGAAACUUGGGUUGAGAAGCAAACCGAAAAGCUGCAAGCGUUGCCGACGGCAACUUCCGCCAGGGAGCUGGAUACCAUGCUGGGAGAGGCCAUGGAGCGUGCGCCAAAGAUCGAACAGGUCAAUCUCACCGGGGGCCGCUUGAUCCGUGAAGCUAAGAUCUACGAUGGCAAGUGCCUGCACUACAUCGACUGGCUGGUGGAGAUACGGCCUAGCUUUUCGCCUCCCCGGCAGGACCUGCGGCCACCGGACGCCGACCCGGGCGCCACCGAGGUGUACUCGAAGCGGCUAGACAUGUUGAACGGACGGUACGAAUCGCUGAUUGAGCAGCUGACCCAGCGGCUCAAGACGGCGAUCGAGGUGAAUGGCGCGGACGGUUUGCGCUUCGCCGAAAGUCUUCAGAAGCCGCUUCGGACGUAUCGGAUGGAGUUCAAUCUUGGCCGUCCGGUUGGUAGGAACGGUAGCAACAGCAACGGAGAAGACGGCUUCCAGGAAGUAACCGAAGACGUCUACACUAGCACCUACUCGGCAACGCAGAUAACAAAAAUUACCAACAACAAGCUGAUCUAUGAUACCAUGGACAGUAGUGCAGCAUCUUCGGGUAGACCUUCGAAUUCACGCGAAGCUUCCCCCUCGAAAAAAGUAGGUAAGGUUGAGACGCAGUCAGAUGUGCACCAUUCGAACGGCGCGUCAUCCGUUCAGUUCACGGAAAUUCGGAGCUUGAAACGUAUCUCGCGUACAAACGAAGCCGUAGGUACUAACAACGGUACCGAAAUCGGAGAUACGAUUCUGAACACACCGGGCAUUGUGGAUCCGGCGAGUGGACGAAUCUUGACUGUCGCGGAAGCAAUUCGGAUGAGGAUAUUGGAUGUGCGCAGCGGGCUGUUGAAUGUUAACGGCGAGCGGCUGAGUCUGGAGGAAGCAGUGCGGAGACAGUUGAUCCACGCGGAAUUGGCGGACAAUUUGCUCCGACCGGGUGCAGCGCUGGAUCGCGAUGGACGCCCGAUGAGCCUGCUGGAGGUGAUACAGAAGGAAAUACUCGAAGCGGAAAACGGUUACGACAGCACGGAAAAACGAAUCAAGGUAACGACCAGCCACGAGUCAUCUCCCGCUAAACGUCCGUGCACUGUAAAAUACAAUGAAAAAGAAGCAAAAAGUAUUGUCGAUGCCAUUAGGCAAGGUCUGAUCGAUACCAGCGAAGGUCUCUAUCGUACCGAAACCGGCGACCUGAUCACCCUGGCUGAUGCCUACGAGUUUGGUUACUUGAUUCGCAACGAAACAAUCAAGAUUGCGCCACACACGCUUACACUGACCGACUCUAUCGGUCAGGGUCUAGUAGACAAUGGUGGUUGGGUCAUUGAUCGUAAUACUGGCGAUACGUUCCGACUAGAUUCAGCCAUCGCGAAGAAGUUAGUAGCUUCCGACGUGCGGGAAAUUGUGGACACAAAGAAUGACACCAUGGUAACUGUGGCGCAAGCACUAGAACAGGGUAUUUUGAAUGCAAAAACGGGUCGCUACAUGAAUCCACAGACAAAGGAAAAACUUACUUUUGCCGAAGCCCGUAAUCGGCAACUAAUUCACAAACCUAUGACUUUGAAAGACGUUUGCGAUUUGAACUUGUUUGAUAAGACGGAAAAAAUUGCGUCUCCUACGAGACGUCAACGGGUUAAUAUUCCAGGUGCUAUUAGUUUAGGUGUUUUAGAUAGCGAUAGCAUUAGGUGUGUAUACAAAACUAAGGGUGAGUUAUUGACAUUGAAGGAAGCACUUGAGCAGGAAAUUAUUCUGCCCUUCGAAAAUCGUUACCGCCAUCACGAAACCGAUGAAAUUAUGAGCAUUCCGGAAGCGGUGGAUCGAGGACUUAUUUCAUCGGUUUCCAUCAAAUCUAUUUUCAACAUCUUCGGUUUCAAAGAUCCACAUUCCGGAGAGUUUGUGUCUCUCAACACCGCACUGGCGAAGAAUGUGGUGCGCAAAAAAGACGGCGUAUAUCAGCUUGACACUGGUAAGGGAGUUUUUAUUGAUCUUGGCAGCGCCGUUGCUCAAGAACUAAUUCGUCCAGAAGUUUAUGAAAUGCUCAAUAGAAAAAUUGGGGUUUUCGCUGAGGGUGGCCAUGAACUGUCCCUUCUAGAGUUAGUCUACCACGAUCUAAUUGACACCAAGACUGGCUUUUUACUGGAACACGGAACAACUAAAGUGAUUCCGCUGGAACCAGCAAUCGAGCGUAAAUUUAUCACACCAGAGGGCGCCUUAUUACUGAUUAGUUUACUGAACAUCACGCUCACAACGGAAACCGUUGUGAAAACAAUCAAACGUUACGUAACGAUUACACACACCGGCGAGCAGAUCGAAUCGCAACCGGAUGUAUUGCUUUCCUUCACGGAAGCCGUGCGUCGUGGGUUGAUUGAUGAAAAUACUAGAACGUAUCGUGAUCCCAUAACCGGGAACAUUUACUCCGUACAGCAAGCUUUAAAUCAUGGCCUUAUCCUGCCAGAUACGGAAGCGAUUCCGGCGCAGGAAACUGGUAGCGCAGUUCCUAGCAUUAGUACUAAACCUUUAUCCAUUCCAUUAGAAUUUGAAACCCGCCUGACCAAGGGCGCUAAUUCUGAGAACAUUCAAAUCACAACCGAAUUUUUGAACAGCGAACGUAAGCAAACUCAAUCGCAUGAGCUUCCACCCGCAGGUUGGUCUCUGGCAGAGGCAAUUGAGAAGCAACUUUUCGACCCAGUUUCCGGUCUUUUCAUCAUUCCCGGAACCGAUCGUCUUGUUAGCUUUGAAGAAUGCAUUAAAUUGAAGAUUAUUAACUAUCAGUCUGCAAAUGUUAUCGAUCCUUCAAAUUCCCAGCGCAGAAUAACACUUGAUCGUGCACUGGAAAGAAAAUUCUUGGAUGCCACUGGUCAUUACGCAUUGUCGACUGAUGCUCGUGUAACCAUGAAAGAGGCAAUAGAUCGUAAACUGAUCGUAUUAGAACGUGACUCGAGUGUUCCAAUAGAUAACAAGGUAAACCGAAAUUUGCAAGUCACAAAGGUAUCCGGUAAACCAGAUUUAAUCGAAGUUACCAGCUCUGACGAACAGCCAGUAGAGGUCGUGGGUAUGAGAACUCCGGAAAUGCUUAGUCCAGAGCCAUUACAGCUUGCACCGGGUAUUAUUUACGACCCAUCUACGGCGCUAGUAAUAUUCACCGAAAGCGGCAAGUCGGAUAACAUUGUCCAUGCCGUGACGAGUGGUAAAAUCGAUUCAAACUUGGUUAAACUCAGGGAUCCUAAUAGUGGAGAUAUUAUAAGCAUUGCAGACGCGGUCAGCCGGGGGGUGCUUGAUCGCCAAACCGGUGAGGUGACAAUUCGGUCUGGUGAGCGAUUGGGUUUGAUUGAAGCUGCUCAAGCAGGAGCAUUGCUAGUUUGUGGGACACCAUUGAUGGCCGCAGCAGGUGCCCUGGAGUUGCUUAAAACAGUAUUGGACCCAAACACUGGCCAGGAAAUUCCAAUCGAAGUUGCCUACGAACGGGGUUUAAUAACCAAAAGUCAGCUUCCCAGUCCUGAACGAGCAGCUUUACGAAAGAAAUUAAGCGUCGAAGAUAACAGUAGUAGACGCUCUUCCGAAGGUUUAAUUGUUACUGUCACUGAUGCUGCGCAAACACAUUCAAAGCAGCCAAUCGUUCUGCAGAGAAUGCGAAAGUGCGUGUUGCGUCCGAAAGAUGCAGCUGAACGUGGCAUUAUAGAUCGAGAAACUGCAGAUAUUCUAGAGAACCCGCAACUAUUUGAAAACGCUCAAUCGCUCGAGCAAUUGAUAGCAACAGGACGCUUGGAUGGCACACGUGGAAAAAUUAUUGAUCCGCAGAGAGGCCACACGCUUUCCAUUAAUGAAGCAAUUCAGCGGGGUAUUCUGGAUCGCUUUGGAACCAAUAAUAUUUUCAUUCCACUCGCCAGGUCUUUGGCAAUUCCGGAGUUGUACGAUCAAGGAUUACUUAAUGUCGACGACUCCAAAAUUUUCCAUCCCGAAAUGGGUCGAUUGCUGACACUCAGGGAAGCUCUGAUUUGUGAAAUUGUUGAUCCCUACUCUGAAGUUGUGGUCGCUGGGGGGCAGAAAGUUAGUUUGGAGCGAGCGAUCAGUUCCGGCGCGAUCAACGAAGAUAAGUGCACGCUCAAUAAUAUUAAACUGGUAACUGCGAUCAGUCAGAACGUCUUCCCGGUGCCGAAUUAUUCUUCUCGACUUCCUCCGGUUGGUAUGACACUUCCGGUAAUCGUGAAAAGGAAACUACUAAAUGUUAAGAAGAAAGUUAUCACGCAUCCGGUAACGAAGCGUCGUAUGAAUGUCAACGAUGCAAUCCAAAACGAUUUCUUGAUGGCUGUUCCUUACACUCCUCAUGCCGAUGCAAUCAGUAUUGACGAUGCUUUAAACAGAGGUCUAAUCAACCCCAUCAACGAAACAUUCAAAUCCCCAAAGACUUCCGAAGAAAUUUCUCUACAAGAUGCUAUUGAAACAGGUUUAUUGGAAGUGAAAUCUUUGCCAGAAUUGGUCCAAGGUAUGGAAGGGAACAAGGCAGUAACAUCGGUUACAGAAUCUGUUUCAUCGUAUCAUACUAUUACAACAAAAACAGUGGAAAUCCAAUCCGGGUACGCCAUGAUCUCGGCAACCGAAGUCCAGGACCUGACAACUGGUGAAAUUAUGUCUGUUGCGGAUGCCCGCCAGAAAGGAAUCGUUAGUGAUGAAGUCCAAACAACCAAACAGAUAUUGGAUGAAGAAGUCAACAUAAACUUCUCCAGUGCUUUACAGCGUGGACUGUUGGAUGUUAGCAAAGGUACUUUCAGGCAUCCCGAUAGUGGAAACGUUAUGACGAUUUCGGAUGCAGUCGAUCGUGGAUACAUCACCAGUAAAACCGCUAGUGAUGAAGCUUUGAAUCGAUCGCCGGAAAUGGUUCAUAAAGCGAUUGCCGAUGUGGAUGGUAGCCGCGAAAUAGUGCACCAAAUAGUGCGAGAGGAUGAUACUAGUAGAGAAAAACUAAGCAUUGGCGAGGGUAAACAAGAUAAACAGGCUCCAGUUACAGCUUCCGGUCUUGGUCAGUAUGGGCCAGAACGUCAAGUGAUUUGGGGGAAUGAUCCUAUUAGCAAUCAAACCCAUGGCAGUGAAAGUAGGCUAACAGAAAACAUCAAAGAUGCAGCUAAAUUGGGUCUAAUGGCAGUGGUAGGAGCUCCUGUUUUAGGGGGAAUGGCAAUUGCUGGGGCGGUAAAAAAAGUGUUCGAAAAGAAAGAGGAUAAGAAAACCGAAACAUUCCACGUCUCAAACAGUUCGAUGUCAGUACAGGUGAUACCAAAAACCGUAGAGAAGCCAAGUUCACAAAUAUCACCACUGACGUCGAAAAAUGAUGGUGAUUCUGAUCCACAAAUUGCAACAAGUUUAGAUGAUGAUGCCUUUAACAAGGCUCAAUUAGAUCCAAACAACAAGAUUAAAGAAGAGCAAUUAAUUGCAGUUGAACAAACAGAGACAAUCAAUGAGCCGUUAGACGUAACGAAACAUAACAUUGAAAACAUAAUAGAAGAUCCCGCAUUUAUAAAUCAGGCACGCAUCAAAAGCGAACCUUCUGACUCCACAAAAGCAGCAGAAUCAAUCGAAUGCGUCACAGAUGCAACACUCUCAAGCGCCAAAGUGGAAGCUGUUUCAGAAGCAGACACAGAACAACAGAUUAAGAGCGAAAAGAGUGAAGUGAUGCUCGAAAAUUCUUCGAACUCUCCUAUAGAACCUAAUUUGCUAGGUACAGAAAGUAAGCUCACAAACGAAAGAGAGAAAAUACCAAUUGAAUUUUCGGAAGCAAAUGAAACUUCUGCUGACAAUAAGGAACCCAAAUCGGAAACAGUGAACGUAAAGCCUGCGGACGAACAGAAAUCGUUAACAGUUGAAAAUGGUAAGCCUGAUUCUGCUGUUACCACAAAAGACAGCCAAUCCAACGACGAACUGAUAAAACCCACUGCAGUGGCAACUGAGAAUGAGCGCGAUGACAAGUCCGUUCGCGAAGAACAAUUAGAACAGCAGAGUAAAUCAGAUAUUUCGCCAUCUACAAAGAAUAAUGAAACUGUAGUGCCAAAACUAGAUGAAAAGAUAGAGCAAACUAAGCCUCAUUCUGAAGAUCAUACAUCAAAGAAAGCAAAACCUUCCAAAACAAAUGACACAGAACAAGUCCCACUCAGUUAUGCCGAUGUACUCAAAAACACUGAACAAACUCAGCCAAGCUUUGAGGAAAUACAGCAAAAGAUUCGCGAGUCUAUUACUCAACCGGAAGAAUAUACAUCGAAAAAAGUUGAAGCAGAACAACCUCCUAAAACAAAUGACGCAGAACAAGUCCAACCAAAAUGUGAGGAUGUGCAGCAAAAAAUAACUCAGCUUGUAGAACAAAACUCGCAGAAACUUGUGGCGGAACAACCUUCCAAAACAAAUGACACAGAAGAAGUUGAACUCAGUCAGGUCGAUGUUCUUAUGAAGACUGGAGUCCCUAGUAAUGAUAUUGAAGAUAAGAAAUCACCAACAAUGGUUCAUCCCCAAAACCUAUCGAAUUUGGUCGGCCAGUCCAACCAGAUGAUCACAGGUAAAGCUAUUGAUCAACCAGCUGCUGUAUACCCGAGUGAACCGUUAGUGCCACCAACCAAAGACUCAUCCACUGGUGACACCGGUAAAAAAGUGCUGGAUGCGGCUAAGCUCGGUUUGAUGGCCCUAGUCGGGGCACCCAUCAUUGCCGGUAAGGCAGUAGUGGAUGCCUUGAAAAAAGAUCACCCAGAAGAUGAAUCGAAAUCUGCAAAACCGAAUGUGAUUGAUGUUACAGCUGCUUUCCUCGAAAAAGAACGACCACCUGGCGAUGGAAAACGUGAGUUUAAGGAACUCGAACAGGCUAUUGGCGGAAUCAUUGAACAUCAGCAGCAACAGAAUGCCAGUGAUAAAUUAAAAACUCCCGAGAAGCACGUGACGUUCGAAAUCGUAGAACGAACGCCCGAACGUUCGCACAAGCAGGAAGAACCGGUCGAGCGAAUGCCCUUGGGAGAGGCGAUCUCGCAGGGUAAGAUCAUACCAAAAGUUUGCCGCGUUAUGGUAGACGAUAAAGAAAUGCCUUACACGGUGGAGGAAGGUUUAAACAAUCAAAAUAUUCGUAUCUACGAUAUUGUGGAUGUACUUUCGAAAGAGUUGAUAUCUUUUGUUGAAGGAGAACCCGACAGUUUAGUUAUUGAUGAAACGUUGACCAAACAGAAAUUAAUCGACCUAGGAGUGUACGACGCAGAGACGAGUAGUUUUAUCUCACCAAACACCGGGGAACGGUUAUCAUUCUAUGACCUCAUCUAUAAUUCAGGUUUGAUUGAUCCGAAUACUGUCUUUGUAAAGGAUUUGGGUCGAAACAAAUUCGAACAGCUGGAUAAUGCACUCCAGCAGCACCUGAUUGACAAGCAUACAGGACACAUGUUGGAUAACAAAACCGGUAAGAAAGUGAAGUUCGUUGAGUGUUGUAAACGUGGCUGGAUUAUUCAGCGUGAACCAACGAGUGAAAAGUUGGACCAGUCACCUACGUUAACUGAGGUGCUAGAUGCCGGCCAAUUCAACCCGCAAACGGGAGAAUUUAUUCAGAAUAAUCAAAGUAUACCGAUCGCCGAGGCGUUACGGGCAGGGCUUAUUGCCAAUGAAUCCGUUUCAGUGCGCGAUCCAACUGAUGGUGAGAUCGUUCCACUACGUGUGGCGAUUGAACAAGGCGUCAUUGAUUUGAAGUUAGGAGUUAUCUUCAAUCGGGAAACACAGGAAGAAAUCGAUCUCAACGAAGCAUUCAAUCGAGGUUACAUGCUAGAAGGCAAGCGUACACCGAUUUCACUGGAAGCGGUCGUACGUAAAGGUUUGUAUAAUCCCGAAUCCGGACUAAUUCUGGACACGAUUACGGAAGAAAUGGUUGACGUGCAACAGUCCGUUGACAAGGGUAUUGUCGAUCCGAAGAUUUCUAACGUCAAAGAUACUAAAGAAAACGUUCUUGUACCGUUGCAAACGGCUUUGGACAAAAAACUGCUUGAUACUGAAUCGGGUAAGCUUAAGGAUACCGAAACGGAUGAGUUAGUACCGCUGGAUGUUGCACUCGAAAAAAAUUUGGUAGACACCAAAAAGGUGACUCACAGCCUAAUUGAUGUAUUGAGUAAAGAAUUCUACAAUCCGAAAUCUGGCAAAAUUCUAAAUCCUGGCAAUGGAGAGGAGAACAUUUUGAAGGACGCGAUUGGUUCUCAGUUAGUGGAGAUCGAUAGCGUGCUAAUUAGAGACGAACAAAUGGAUACGGUUGUCAAAUGUGAGACAGCUAUAGAAACUGGGCUGUUGGAUGACGUACGGGGAAUUCUCACGAAACCAGAGUUGACUCUCGAUCGUGCCUAUCAGAAAGGUUACAUUCUUAGUAACAAAAAACCCAUAUCGUUAGCCGACGCGUUGCUCAGAGGGUUCUACGAACCUUCUAGUGGAUUGUUCCGGAUUGAGAGUGGCCCGGGUGUUACUUUAGAAGAAGCUAUUGCUAGUGGGGAAAUUUCAACCACGGAUUUGAUAGUUAGAGAUCCCAAAAUUCGGGGUAUUAUCAGUCUAGCGGAAGCCAUCAGAUGCGAACUGGUAGAUCCGGUGUCGGGAAGUGUUCUUGACUCCGGUUCUGGACUUAGCAUGGGAAUGUUAGAAGCGCUUGAUCGAGGAAUAAUUGUUGUUGCUAAGCGAAGAUGCAGCCUCCCGGAUGCUGUUUUCCGAGGACUGUACGAUCCCAAAUCGGGCCAGUUCAGUAGUACGACCACUCCGGAGAAGAUGUCUACAGAGCGAGCUAUAAGGCGUGGUAUGCUAGACCCGGAAUCUACCAUAGUAAACGUUGCUGGUAAAAUUCUACCCUUUGAGCUUGCCAUUGAAAAUGGUAUGGUUGAUAUUAAACGGGGCACUAUUGCGGAUGAAGUCGGCAAGAAAAUUGAUUUUAGGGAAGCUUUUGAUCGUGGACUGCUGGUGGAGGUUAGGAAGCCAAUCAGCCUAAGUGAAGCAGUUCUUAAGGGUAUCUACAGGGAGAGUAGCGGGUUGUUCAUGGAGCCAAAAACCGGACGUAAACUUACGUUGUCGCAAGCGAUCGCUGAAAAAGUCAUCGAUCCACAUUCCGUACAGAUCAAAGAUCCAGUAACUGGUUUUUACAAGGAUCUGGAUUUGGAGGACGCAAUUCAAACGGAUCUGAUCAAUGGAGAAAAUUCCAAUGUUAAACAUGGGGAAUACAGAAUUUCGUUAAAGCAUGCUUUCGAUAUUGGGUUACUUUACGAUAGCAAUGCUCCCAUUAGCUUGCAAAGGGCAAUUCAUCAGGGUAUCUACGAUGACAAAAGUGGUAAGAUCGUGGAUCCCGUUUCGGGACGAAAGAUUACCUUGCACGAGGCCACUAGAAAGUUUGUCAUUAACCCACAGCUUCCUUGUUAUUUCAAUGAAAAAGAUGAGAUAAUGCUAAAUCUGUUUGAGUCGUGUCGCGCGAAAUUGAUUGAUCGCAGAGAAGGAGUGUUCAAAGAGCCUGGUAGCGAAGUUUUCAUUCCUCUCAAUGAGGCGUUGGCUCUCGGGCUGAUCGUAGACAUCGAAAGCGCUGGCUUUGGGCUGUAUGAAACGCUUGCUAUGGGUUUCUAUGAUAAAAAGAGUGGAAAAAUUAUCCAUCCGAUUACGAAUCGUAAAAUUACACUAGAGGAAGCCUGUCAUGAGGAUAUUGUGAAUCAGUCCUCGUCUAUAGUGAAAAAUACUUUAACGGGAAAGUAUAUUAGACUAGACGAAGCGAUAAGUGCCAAGAUUAUUGACGAUCGAGGAGGGAUGUAUGUUCUUCCAAAGGGUAACAAAAUUGAUCUGCAGGAAGCUAGACGAAAAGGUUUGAUUGUUACUAAUCAGAAGUUGCUCUCUCUAGAGAAAGCGAUCAAGUUGCAGCUGUAUCGACAAGAAUCCGGAACAUUUUUGGAACCCAUAUCUGGUGAUCAAGUGAACUUGCAAGAAGCACUUGAUACUGGAUUGUUAGAUUUUGAAACCACGGUUUAUAAAGAUGCGGUAACGGGUCAGGAUAAGCCUCUUAGAACAGCAGUUGCAGAUCAGGAUAUAGAUGUAGAGAAGGGUAAAGUUUUAGAUCACAAGUCGGAUAGAAUGUAUAACUUCGAUGUAGCAUUGAAUAAGGGCCUGCUAGUAACGAUUCAAAGACCGAUUACGGGCAAAAUUCUAGAACGAAAGGAGAGUAUAGAUAAUUUGUUACAGGAAUCACCGAUUGGUAAGAGUCCCCGCGAGAUGAGUUUGAAGGAUGCGUUGAGGUAUGAUAUAUUAUCUAUUGAGAAAUCGGUUAUGAAAGAUCCUAAGCAUCGACUAUUUGUUCCAUUAAAAGUUGCUAUACAGGAGAAUUUAAUUUCUGACGAAAGUCGUGCCACAAUCGAUCCCAAACUGUCAUUCUUUGUGUUCGAAGGUGACACUAUUGUUUACGUGCGCGAACCGUUGACGUUUGACCAAGCUGUUGAAUCUAGUCUACUGGACCUAUCGACUGGUAAAUUUUUGUACAAAUCUCCAACGGUUGGUGGUGGUGCAACAACCGACGAAAGUCGCGUCGAAAUGGUGAACCUUAACGAUGCAAUCGGUCAAGGUUUCAUAGACCCAGAGUCGGUACUGUUGAAAGACGGUGCCAAAAAGAAACUGCUUCCGUUGCCGGAAGCAUUCCGUAAGGGUCUGAUCGAUGCCGAUAAAUCAAAUGUGCUUGAUACCAACACGUCCAAGUUGACGUCCCUGCAGCAGGCAGUCGAUACUGGUCUCUUGAUUACUCCGAAUCGUGCCAUCUGUCUUAUGGAUGCUCUUGACUAUCACUUGUACAGUAGUGAACGCGGUACUUUUGAAGACCCGUUCAAUCCUAAUCAACACAAAACCCUAAACGAAUCCAUCCAAUCCGGGCUAAUUGAUCCAACAACAACAAUGGUGCGUGACAUUAGUAACAAUAGUGCGAUAGUACCGUUGCUAACCGCUGUUGGCAACGGUCUAAUCGAUCCGGUUGGUGGGCAUUUUAAUAUCGAAAGUGAAGAAGUUCAAAUUGAUCUAGUGAAAGCCCGUAACCGAGGAUAUCUCAUACUAGCGGAGCAGCGGCAAGCGGUUGUAGAAAAGUUCGCACUGUGUGAAGAUCAUCUGUCGAAGCUCUUGGAAUGGAUCACUAAGGUUGAGCAGGAUAUUGCCGUCGUCGGUGGACCUAAAGAACGCGUCGAUGAUCUAAGAAAUCAAAUUAACUCACUCAAGCAAAUCAAAGAUGAUAUCGACGUUCAAUCGCGCCCGGUCGCCUCCUGUCUGGAGCAGGUUCGUCAGUUGGUGCUCACCGGAGGUGACGUACUUAGCGCUCCGGAAGUUGCUGCUUUGGAAAGCUCUGGCCGCGAAUUGCGAUCCCGCGUAGACAAAGCACAAGAUCGUACCGGCAAGCUCCUGCGACGACUGGGCGCCGCGCGUGAUGAACUGGGAAAACUUCGUUCCGAAUUGGAUACAUUCUCCGGCUGGCUGCAAACGUCUCGCCGUACGCUGGAGGACAAGGAAAACACCCUUUCCGAUCUGACACGACUCUCGUCGCAAUCGGAAUCGGUUAAGGAAUUCCACGGUGAUGUCGUUGCCCAUCAGGCGGACCUACGAUUCAUCACCAUGUCCGCUCAAAAAUUCGUCGACGAAUGCAAGGAUUAUCUCUCGGCUUUGAACGAUUUCCGCACCACAUUACCCGAACGGUUACCACACAUUGAACAAAUUUCGAGCUCAGAUAGCCCAAUACGGCAGGAGGUAUCCCUAGUUACCGCUCAGUAUCGAGAUCUUUUGAAUCGUGCCAAUACUCUGCUGGAUCGUCUUGCUGGUUUGGGUGGUCGUCAACGCGAUUACCAAGAAGCACUGGAGAAGGUACGAUCGUGGCUUCGAGAUGUGCAGCCACGUGUAUCCUCCGUACUGUCGGACCCGAUUGCUGCCGAUCCUCAAUCUGUUCAGGACCAAAUGAAUCAAACCAAAGCAUUGCAGAGUGAAUUCCUUUCCCAAGGACGACUUAUCGACAAUGUACAACAUAGCCUUGAUGCUCUGCUGAAAUCUCUAGCCGGACGCCUCAGUCCAUCCGAAGUAUCUGCACUGGAAAUCCCCGUUGAAGAUGUGAAGGAUAAAUACAAUCAAUUGCUGCAAGCCCUCGGAGAUCGUUCGAAACUGUUGGAUACCGCCUUGGUACAGUCUCAAGGUGUUCAGGAUGCUUUGGAUGGUCUUUCGGGAUGGAUAAAUCAAUCGGAAGACAAAUUUAAACUUCAAAAUCGCCCGGCCUCUCUAAUCAAAGAGAGACUAAACGAACAGGUGCGUGAGCACCGUGGUCUUCUCAACGAUCUGGAAUCCCACCGUACUAGCCUGGAAAGUGUCACCCUUUCGGCUCGGGAGCUAAUGUCUACUGCAUCCAACGCUCGAUUGGCGAAGAGAAUCGAAACCAAUUUAAGUGACGUUACUGGUAGAUUUGAAAAGUUGCUAGACAAGGCUCUUAAGCGCGGUGAAUUUCUUGAAGAUACUUUGGCUCAGCUGAACCGAUUCAAUGCCGAUGCGUCAGUUUUGGAACAAGAGUUAUCAAAUCUUCAGGAAGCCUUGGAAGGCCGAGAAUUGUCGUCAUUACCUGCCGAAACAUUAGCCCAACGAAUGAUUGAACUCGCUAGAAAUAAGGAACAUCUGCGUCCUCUAUAUGAAAACUGUGUAAAACUUGGUAAAGAUCUGAUUGCCAAGCGUGACGUAACUGACACUGGAAUGGUGAGAGAUCGCAUCAAGGCUCUCGAGAACGCUUGGAAAAAUUUGGAGGUAUCACUAGAGGAGAAACUAAAACUUUCGAAACAGAAAGCGGAACAACUGAAUGCUUACGAAGACGUCAAGGACCAAGUACUCGUUUGGCUGUCCAGUAUCGAAACUCGUACGAAUAACUUGGCUCCUGUGUCCGUAGAUAUUGAUACUAUCAAGUAUCAGAUCGAAGAAGUUAAACCGUUGGUCAAGGAGCACCGGGAUUAUGGCGUAACCAUCGAUAAAGUGAAUGAUCUGGGCGCCCAAUACGAUGCUCUGAUUCGUCCCGAUAGCCCGACCCGGAAACGGUCCGCAUACAGUCCUAUCAAACGUUCGACGGUUAGUCCGAUGCGUCGACUUUCGGGAGAAACGCGAUCACCUAGUCCAACUAAAGGGCUGAUGGUGGGACAAAGUCCAACCGUGUCUCCGCUAUCUCCCGGUGGAUCGAGCGGAUUCGGUAGCCGGCGGUCAUCGCAAGAUGGCUUCCAGCUAACCGAUCUGACACCGAUUCAGCAACAGUUGACAGAGAUCAACAAUCGAUACAGUUUGGUCGGAGCUCGCCUCAAUGAUCGUCAGAAUGAGCUGGACUCGGUACGAGAUGAAGUACGAAAACACCAGGAGAGUCUUAAGACUUUGGCCAGUUUCUUGGAUAAGAUUCAACGCCAGGUUCCCAAGGACGUGAUAAGUAAUAAAGAGGAAGCUGAGAGGUGUAAUAAACAAGCAAGAAAAGUAUUGGAAGAAAUGUACGAAAAACAGAGUUUACUGGACUCUACCAAGGCACAGGUUAAAGACCUAUUGAAACGCAAACCUGACGUGCAGGGAGCUGAUCGACUUCGCUCCGAGCUGGACUCAGUUGCGGAUCGUUGGAAGAAUCUUCAUGAUUUGUGUAAAGAUCGUAUUAACUUCUCUGAACAGUUGCGCGACUUCCUCGAUACUCACGACAAUUUGACAGCUUGGCUCGCAGCGAAAGAACGCAUGGUAACUGUCCUUGGUCCAAUCUCUUCUGAUCCCCGUAUGGUAGAGAGUCAAGUGCUGCACGUACAGGUGCUUCGGGAAGAAUUCCGUGGGCAACAGCCACAGCUAAAUCACCUCCAGGAAGUCGGAAACACUGUGCUAGAAUAUCUGCGAGAUUCACCGUCGGAAGCCCAAUCGGUGUCUAACAAGCUUGAGAGUGUCCAGAAGAAAUGGGAUGAUUUAGUUAGCCGACUGGACGAACGUGCGCAAAGCUUGGGUACCGCCGCUGAUACUUCAAAGCAAUUCGAUGCUGGACUAAAUCGACUACGAGAGGCAUUGCAGAACAUUAGUGAUAACCUAGAUGCGCUUCCAACCGAUCGCGACCGACAAGAAACUCUUCGUAAAAUUGAAAACUUGGAACGACAACUCGAAGGUCAACGUCCUCUGUUGGCAGAUCUGGAAGCGGCUGGUGAAGCUCUAUGUAGAGUACUCAGUGAUCCUGCUUCGAGAGCUGAUGUAAACGCGCGUGUAGCUGCUGUCGGCAAACAGUAUCAAAACUUACAGAAGAAGCUGGAUCACAGAAAAGCAGAAACUGAUUCUGCCUUGCGUGAUGGUCGUCAAUUUGCCGAAUCUUGUGCGCGUACUCUUGGCUGGUUAUCAGGAGAACUAGGAAACUUGACAGAUCGUUUGCUAGUAUCUGCGCAUCGUCCAACACUGCAACACCAAAUCGAUACCCAUGAACCGAUCUAUCGAGAAGUGAUGAGUCGCGAACAUGAAGUCAUAAUGCUAUUAAAUAAGGGUCGUGAGCUUCAGGACAAACCCGGACAAAGCCCCGAUCGUGCCGUUCAGCGGGACUUGGAAAAAAUUUCUCAGCAAUGGGAACGUUUGCGAAAUGCCGCAGUAGAUCGCCACUCGCGUUUGCAAACCUGCAUGGAACACUGCAAGAAACACGCUGCAGCUUCGGAAGCAUUCUUGUCCUGGCUUCGUGGGGCAGAAGAUAAACUGGCUUCAUUCAAACCGGGCAUUCUCAAAAAAUCUCAGCUUGAUCAGCAAUUAAGGGAGCUGCAAACAUUUCGAUCGGACGUUUGGAAAAAAUCCGGCGAAUACGAAAGUACUCGUGGAUUAGGUGAAGCAUUUACUGCUGCUUGUGACAUCGACAAGGAACCGAUUAAGGCAGAACUUCAGGAUAUGAAGGACCGCUGGGAACGACUGAAUAACGAAUUGCUCAUGCGAGCACAGACUCUAGAGACUUGUGCUAAACGAUUAGGAGACUUUAAUGAUGAGCUUCGUGAUUUAGAUCACGCAGUAGGACGUUGCGAGGAUCGUUUGGCUGCGCACGAUGCGUUGGGAGGUGCUGCCAAGGAUCCAAAACUGUUGGAUCGUGUCAAGACCAUUAAGGAGGAUGUGGCUGGAUUAAAGAAACCGCUACAAGCUGUCCGUAAGCUGGCCGGUGACAUUGCAGUUGAAACACGCUCCGCUGGAGGGGAUGCCGAUCAUUUGAAGUCUGAAGUUGAUGGCAUUUCCGAUCGUAUUGAAGAUCUCCACGCACGAUUGGAUGAUCGUUGCGGAGAGUUACAAUCAGCUGCCACGGCCGUUUCGCAAUUCAACGAUGCUGUUAAGGCUCUGGGUGUUGACCUCAACGACUUGGAGAGUCAAAUUGAUUCGCUGACGCCUCCUGCGCGUGAAAUCAAAACCGUUAUAAAUCAGUUGGAUGAAGUUGCUACUAUUUUGAGUAAAAUUGAUCGUACCGCUAGUCAGGUAGCAAUUGUAGAACGUGCCGGAGAACAGCUUGUCGAUUCUGGGUUCGCUCCAGAUACGGUUGCAACGCGAGACCAGAUCGGCAUGGUGAGGAAGCAACUAGGAAAACUCGAGAACCGAGCACGCGAUCAUGACGACGCCCUGCAGAAAGCGUUGAAGGCAUUGCAGAAGUUCUAUGACAUUCAUCAGAACACGUUAGAUACCUUAAUCGAUGUGGCUGAUCAGGUAAAGAAAUUGAAACCAGUUAGUUCCGAAUUAGAGCAAAUCCGUCACCAACAAGAAGAUUUCCGCCGAUUCAAGCAGCGUCAUGUAGAGCCGUUGGUGCUGAAUAUAGAUGAGGUCAACCGCACCGGACAGGAUCUUAUUCGGUCAGCACAAGGAGGUGUUCCAACUGGUGUUUUGGAAAAAGAUUUAGAGAAAAUCAAUGAUAAGUGGAAUGACUUAAAGGAGAAGAUGAACGAACGCGAUCGUCGAUUGGAUGUUGGUUUACUGCAGUCAGGUAAAUUUCAGGAAGCAUUGGAUGGCUUAUCCAAAUGGCUGAAAGAUACUGAGGAAAUGGUAGCAAACCAAAAACCACCAAGCGCCGAUUAUAAGGUUGUUAAGGCACAGCUACAAGAGCAGAAAUUCCUUACUAAGAUGCUGAUGGAUAGGCAAAAUUCAAUGUCGUCAUUAUUCCAGCUUGGUCAAGAGGUAGCUGCCGGUUGCGAACCAUCAGAGAAAGUGGCAAUUGAACGUCAACUUAAGGAACUGAUGGGUCGUUUCGAUGCCUUGACUGACGCUGCCCAAACUCGCACUCUAGAUUUGGAGCAAGCCAUGCAUGUUGCGAAGCAAUUCCAGGAUCAGCUCAAUCCACUCACGAAAUGGUUGGACGGUGCAGAACGUGCUGUUAAAUCUAUGGAACUGGUACCGACUGAUGAAGAAAAGAUUCAGCAGCGCAUACACGAACACGAACGGUUACAUGACGAAAUUCUCUCGAAACAACCCGACUUUAGCGAAUUAGCGGACAUUGCAGGACAAUUGAUGGAACUGGUAGGAGACGACGAAGGUGUGGUGCUAAGUGAAAAGGUCAAACAUACCACUGACCGAUACACCGAUUUGGUGCAAGCAAGCGAAGAUAUUGGACAAAUUUUGAGCGAUUCUCGGCAGGGAUUGCGUCAUUUGGUGCUGACCUAUCAGGACUUGGUUUCGUGGAUGGAAAACAUGGAGAAUCGACUUCAACGAUUCCGCGUUAUACCGGUGCAUACCGAGAAAUUACUGGAGCAAAUGGGUGUGUUAGUUGCCCUAAAUGAAGAUAUUGCCAGCCGAUCGCCUAAAGUCGAGUCCACCGUUGAAGCUGGAUCUGAGCUAAUGAAGCACAUUUCGUCGGAUGAAGCGCUACAGUUAAAAGACAAACUUGAUUCCUUGCAGCGUCGAUAUGGUGAGCUGACCAGCAAAGGUGGUGAUUUGUUGAAACACGCCCAAGAUGCCUUACCUCUGGUUCAGCAAUUCCACCAAUCUCACAUUCGUUUAGUAGACUGGAUGCAGGUAGCGGAAUCUACGCUAGCAACCGGUGAUUCCAACGAAAUUGAUAUCGUACGUUUGGAAGCCGACUUGUCUGAAAUGCGACCUGUGCUAGAAUCCGUAAACUCUAUUGGUCCGCAGUUGUGUCAAAUUUCACCUGGAGAAGGAGCAUCCACCAUUGAAGGAAUUGUCACUCGAGAUAAUCGACGUUUCGAAGCAAUCGUGGAACAAAUCCAAAGAAAAGCUGAGCGUUUGCAUUUAAGUAAGCAACGAUCUAAUGAAGUCACUGCGGAUAUUGAUGAACUCUUGGAAUGGUUCCGUGACAUGGACGCUACCCUUCGUGAUGCUGAACCACCAGCAAUGACUCCAAAAUUGGUCCGUGCUCAAUUGCAGGAGCAUCGCUCGAUUAACGAUGAUAUUUCUAGUCAAAAGGGGCGCGUACGAGAUGUUACUUCGGCGGCGAAGAAAGUUCUACGUGAAUCUCAGCCAAACAAUAACACCAUUGCUUUGCGUGAAAAGUUGGAAGAUCUCAAAGAAGUAGUCGAUACUGUCGCUGGUUUAUGCUCUAAUCGACUCGCCAUACUGGAACAGGCUCUUCCGCUGUCGGAACAUUUUGCCGAUUCACACACUGGGCUAGUCACGUGGCUGAACGACAUGGAACAUCAAAUCUCCAUGCUCGCGAUGCCUGCGCUACGUCUUGAUCAAAUCGCUAUUCAACAAGAUAAAAACGAACGACUGACGCAGUCGAUUGCCGAGCACAAACCGCUUCUGGAUAAAUUGAACAAAACCGGCGAGACACUGAUAGCCUUAGUUGCCGAUGAUGAUGCCGCCAAAAUUGGAGAAAUUCUCGAAUCAGAUAACGCUCGUUAUGCGGCCUUACGUACCGAACUCCGUGAACGUCAAAAUGCUCUUGAAAAAGCACUGCAGGAAUCUAGUCAAUUCUCCGACAAGUUGGAAGGUAUGCUGCGAGCUCUACAAAACACUGCCGAGCAAGCCAAUCAAUCGGAUCCGAUUUCCGCUCACCCACCGAAGAUUCGAGACCAGAUCGAAGAUAAUGUUGCCUUGAUUGAAGACAUUGAUAAACGUAGUGAAGCAUUCGCUGCUGUGAAGCGAGCAGCCACCGAUGUCAUCGCGAAGGCUUCCAAUCAAGCCGACCCUGCUGUUCAAGACAUAAAGAAAAAACUGGAUAAACUGAACAAUCUCUGGAAUGAAUUGCAGAAAACAACGUCGCAACGUGGCACUUCGCUAGACAAAACUCUAGCGAUUGCUGACAAAUUCUGGAAAGAAAUGCAAGCUGUAAUGGAAACUCUGAAAGAGUUGCACGAAGCGCUGCAAACACAAGAACCACCAGCAGCACAGCCGCAAGCUAUUCAGAAACAGCAAGUCGCCUUGCAAGAAAUCCGACAGGAAAUUGAUCAGACCAAGCCAGAGGUUGAGCAAGUACGUCGCACUGGAAACAAUUUGAUGUCCCUGUGUGGUGAGCCGGACAAACCGGAGGUCAAGAAACACAUAGAAGACCUGGAUCAUGCCUGGGACAAUAUUACCGCACUGUACGCCAAGCGGGAAGAAAACUUGAUCGACGCGAUGGAAAAAGCUAUGGAGUUCCACGAGACCCUACAGAAUUUGCUGGCCUUCCUGGCUAAAGCAGAAGAUCGUUUCCAGAAGCUGGGUCCAUUAGGGUCUGACAUCGAAGCGGUCAAGAAACAGAUCGAACAGUUGAAACACUUUAAGGACGAUGUCGAUCCACACAUGGUAGAAGUUGAGGCGCUAAACAGGGCAUUAAGAAGGCAAGCGAUCGAGUUAACCGAGCGCACAUCAGCCGAGCAGGCAAGUGCAAUUCGUGAACCGCUAAAUGCCGUCAAUCGGCGGUGGGAGAAUCUACUGCGAGGCAUGGUGGAGCGCCAGAAACAGCUGGAGCAUGCUCUACUGCAUUUGGGUCAAUUCCAGCAUGCCCUGAAUGAGUUGCUGGUUUGGAUUAGUAAAACUGACGCAAAUCUAGAUGAACUAAAGCCUAUCCCCGGCGAUCCGCAGUUGCUAGAGGUCGAGUUGGCCAAACUAAAGGUGCUGGCAAACGAUAUCCAUGCUCACCAAAGUUCAGUAGACACGCUCAACGACGCUGGUCGUAAAUUGAUUGAGAACGAUCGUGGAUCACUGGAAGCGUCAACAACACAAGAUAAAUUACAGCAAUUGAAUAAACAGUGGCGUAAUCUCUUGCAAAAGGCAGCCGAUCGUCAGCACGAGCUUGAGGAAGCAUUGCGAGAGGCUCAAGGUUUCACAGCCGAGAUUCAAGAUUUACUCGGAUGGCUGGGUGAUGUGGAUGCCGUCAUUGGGGCUAGUAAACCUGUAGGAGGGCUACCGGAGACCGCCUCCGAGCAAUUGGAGAGAUUCAUGGAAGUUUAUAACGAGCUAGAGGAGAACAGACCAAAGGUGGAAACACUAAUUGCACAAGGACAAGAUUAUGUAAGGAGGCAGACGCAGCUACAAGUGUCUGCUAGCAAUUUACAGCAUACGCUGAGAACACUGAAGCAACGUUGGGACGCGGUUGUUUCUAGAGCUUCUGAUAAGAAAAUCAAGUUGGAAAUUGCUCUGAAGGAAGCUACCGAGUUCCACGAUGCUUUGCAAGCAUUUGUUGAAUGGUUGACUCAAGCGGAGAAGCAGCUUUCUUCGGCUUCCGCUGUCUCACGUGUGUUAGAAACAAUACAACAACAGAUGGAGGAACAUAAAAUUCUGCAGAAGGAUGUAUCUAUUCAUCGUGAAUCGAUGCUGCUACUAGACAAAAAGGGUACUCACUUGAAGUACUUCAGCCAGAAACAAGAUGUUAUUCUAAUUAAGAACCUGCUUGUUUCCGUACAACAUCGCUGGGAACGUGUCGUAGCGAAAGCUGCCGAGAGAACACGUGCCUUAGAUCAUGGCUACAAAGAAGCAAGAGAGUUCCACGAUGCAUGGUUGCAGUUGACUACGUGGUUGAAAGAAACUGAAAGCACAUUAGAUACACUAGCAGAAGAAACUAGUAACGAUGCAGUCAAGAUUAAGAAACAUCUAGAGAAGUUGCGCGAAAUUCAGAGACAGUUGCAGGCUAAAGAAAGCUUCUACGAUAGCACUAUGCGUAGCGGCAAGGGAUUGAUGGAUCGUGCCCCUAAAUCUGAUGAACCUGUGCUGUCCAAGAUGAUCGGUGAGCUAAAGGAUUCAUGGAAACGCGUGUGCCAUAAGAGCGUCGAGCGACAACGCAAAUUCGAGGAGGCUUUACUGCUGUCUGGUCAAUUUGCUGAUGCUCUGCAGGCACUUCUCGAGUGGUUGCGAAAGGCAAAGACACGUCUCUCUGAGGAUGGGCCAGUGCAUGGAGAUCUUGAUACGGUUACAACCUUGUUCGAGCACCACAAGCAGCUGGAAUCCGACUUGGACAAGCGAUCCGCACAAAUGCAAAGUGUCAUGAAGACUGGUAAAGAUUUGGAGAAAUCAGAUGAAACCAGAGAAACCACCAAGAACCUGAAAGAACUACAAAAACUCUGGGAUGAUGUUCAGGAUCUGAGUACUCGCCGAAAGAGCCGCCUGGAAGUGGCACUGAAGGAAGCGGAACGCUUGCACAAAUCGGUUCAUAUGCUGCUCGAGUGGCUAUCGGAGGCCGAACAGAAGCUGCGCUUCGUUGCUGCCGCUCCAGACGAUGAAAGCCAAGCCAAUGAACUACUGGAUGAGCAUGCUCGAUUUAUGAAGGAGCUACGCGAGAAGGAAUACGACAAGGAAGAAACGCUUGGUCUCGCGAAUGCAAUCCUAGGCAAGGCGCAUCCAGACGCCGUUCCGAUUAUAAAGAACUGGAUUUCAAUCAUCCAGUCUCGGUGGGACGAAAUUUCUCAGUGGGCCUUGAACCGACAGAGCAAACUAGAAGCGCAGCUAAAAUCACUCAGAGAUCUUGACGAAUCUAUCGAAGAGCUGCUGGCUUGGUUGGCUGGGUUGGAAUCAACGUUACUGAAUCUAGAGCAAGAAACUUUACCGGACGAGAUUCCGCCUCUGGAAGCACUGAUUGCCGAUCACAAGGAGUUCAUGGAAAACACGGCUCGACGACAGAGCGAGGUAGACCGUGCCUGCAAACCAAGACAACCACCACCGGGUUUGAAGGAAACACGAAAGCCAUCUCGCGGUGUGCUCAAAACACCAGUUAAAGGAUCACAGCCUGAUUUGCGCGAGCAUUCACCAGAUUACGGCACGCUAGGAAGAAAGCAAAGUUUCAAAGGAUCACGCGAUCAAGGGCUUAAUUCACGUCGUACAAGUCGCGUGAGUCCCGGACGUGAAACCCAGACGCCGGAGAGGGAUCGGCUGCCACACUACGGUCCACGCUUUUCGCCAAGCAAUCAACCGGAGACGGAAUUGCGCUCGCCUCGGGCUAAGCUCCUUUGGGACAAAUGGCGCUACGUGUGGAUGCUGGCAUGGGAACGUCAACGCCGGCUGAACGAUCAUUUACUCUACCUGCAGGAUCUAGAGCGCGUGCGACAAUUUAGCUGGGAGGAAUGGCGCAAGCGUUUCCUCAAAUUCAUGAAUCACAAGAAGUCCCGACUAACGGAUCUGUUCCGCAAAAUGGACAAGGAUAACAACGGGCUGAUCCCGCGGGAGGUCUUCAUUGAUGGAAUAAUCGGAACGAAGUUUGAUACCUCGAAGCUGGAGAUGAAUGCGGUGGCAGAUCUUUUCGAUCGCAACGGAGAAGGAUUGAUUGAUUGGCAGGAGUUUAUUGCAGCGCUGCGGCCAGACUGGCAGGAUCGCAAGCCAGCAACCGAUGCGGACAAGAUUCACGACGAGGUCAAGAGGUUGGUGAUGCUGUGUACGUGUCGGCAAAAGUUCCGAGUGUUCCAGGUUGGUGAAGGCAAAUAUCGGUUUGGAGAUUCCCAGAAGUUACGUCUCGUGCGUAUUCUAAGAAGUACUGUGAUGGUUCGUGUUGGAGGAGGUUGGGUAGCUCUUGACGAAUUCUUGGUCAAGAACGAUCCAUGCAGAGUUGCGCUAGUGCUACCGCUUCCCAACCCGAACGAUCCACGUCAGCACGAAGCAUGCUGUCCUCUGUCCAAGGGACGCACCAAUAUCGAAUUGCGGGAGCAAUUCAUUCUGGCCGACGGUGUUUCGCAAUCGAUGGCUGCCUUUAAACCGCGUAUGUCCGGCUCAGCCGGUUCGGGAUCAAAUCAUACGGGCUCGCCGAUCCCGACGCAAGGCCCGAUUGUGAAGGUUCGGGAGCGAUCGUCGAAAUCUAUUUCGAUGUCACGCCCGUCUCGAUCAUCGCUGUCGGCUUCAACACCCGAUUCGCUUAGUGAUAACGAAAGUAGCAUAGGAACUCCGGGCCGUUUCCAGACGCCCAACCGCAAAACUUCAGUGCCAAUAAGAUCUCAGAUGACCCCUGGUGGUUCGAGAACAAACUCAAGGCCUAGCUCGCGGCCAGCCAGUCGAGCCGGAUCGAAACCACCAUCCCGUCAUGGAUCAACGCUGUCACUGGACAGUACCGACGAUGCAACGCCCUCGAAAAUUCCAACCCGGCGUAUAACCAGUACAACCACGCCAAGACCGUCGCGAUUGUCGGUAGGUUCAACCAGUGGAGUGACUAGGCAUACCACAACCACAAAUGGCGUCUCGUCUCGAACGGCGUCAGGAGCAGCUUCGCCAGCACCCACAAGAAACGGUGGCAUGAGUCGAUCAUCAAGCAUACCAACACUAAUAGGACUACCAAAUAGCAGCCAACGCUCACGGAUUCCAGUGAGACAGACGUCCAACAUUUCAAACUCAUCCUCAGUAACGGGAAAAACAAGCGGUACCUCUACCCCGUCCGGAAUGCAGACCCCUCGGCGUACGUCGGUUGAACCGCAGACGCCAGGCAGUGCCCGACCCGACCGCAGCUCACGGGGGACCACGCCCAUCGAAAAACGUGCUCCGUUCAGACUGUAGGAUGAUGGAACGAAACGAUCACUGUAACAGACGACGAUUACGAAAAAAACGAUCCAGAAAAAUCAGCACGCCACGCUUACCAUUAACCCAAUCUGUGUUUUUCGAAACGCCCGGCGGAGAGGACUGCGUGAUUUUGUCCUGAAAGGACAGGAAAAGUUCGAUAUCUCCGCCAAAUCGGGAAUCGUUAUCGCUACUAAUCAGUUCAAAAAAACCUUUUAUGUUUUUUUUUAUUUCUCGUAAUAGCUCAAGAUUUGCUUUUCUUCGCGUAGAAGAAUCAAAAAAAUGCAAUACUAAUCAAGAUUGAUGAUUAGAACUUUCGGAACAGAUUUUGAAAGUGUAGGAAAAUACAUUCUUUAUAUUUUGUUAGCUAACGAAACAGAAGAAGAAAUAAACCAGUGAAGCAGUCCCCUAGCACCAGGAAUAUAAUUUCAACCAGCAAAGAAUGUAAAUAUUUUAGGAUAGGAACUCAAUAAAAGAUGUAAAAUUUGUUUCAACGUAGAGAGAAAAAAAUCAAAGACAGCUUCUGUUAAUGGUUGGAUAUAUACAAAAAAAAGGAUAAAAGUGCAGAUCAUUUUACAUUGACACGAGUGUUUGAAACAGGGGACUUUAAAAAUUGUAAUGCCCUCUGAACUUUGGGCGGAACACGGGUUGAAGAAAUUCGCCAGUUGCUCAACGGGUGUUUCGUCUGCGGUUCGAAGGACCGACAGAAAUGUGUGCGAAUAAUUACCACGUGUUCACAACAAAUCGGAUCGAAUGAAUGCUCGAGUGAAUGCUGAUGGUGUUGUUUUUUUUUUUUGUUUUUGUAUUUUUAAAUUUAUAUUUAUUAUUUAUGUGGUAAGAAGAUUAUUUUCGUUUUUCCAAGACUAAACCUGGUUCUAUUUGCUUGUUAGGAGAAGGAUCGCCAGCCUUCUUCUGCUACCAAAUGGAGCACGCAAAGGUUGAAUUAGUUUCGUUUAUUUUGUUUUUUUUUUUCGUGAGGUGUUCUUUCGAAAAAGGCGUAAACAACGUAAACAGAUUUGAUUGAGAAUCGCCAGCUCUUUUUUUUCUGAUUUAACAUGGGAGCCUCUUUGGCGCGACAGUACCUCAUGAACGGAUAAAUUUGAAUUAAAUCAAUAAACUUCUAUUUUUAUGUUUUGCGAAGUUACGAAGCCUUCGGUUCAAGCCUUUAUAUACUGCAGGAAAACACCGAACUAACGUUAGAAAUAAACGUUCAAGCGGUUAUUAAUUCAUUAACUACUACAACAAAAGUCAUUUAGCUCCGUAAGACAAGUAUAUUAUUAGGUCUAUAUUGCAAAUAUUAAUUAAACUAAUAAGCUGAAUUGCUAAACUGUUUUUUGUAAUGAAGGUUGAAAAUUAGAUUUUUUAACAAAAAAGAAAAAAGUAGAAAAAAAUCAAAUUACACUUAUGAUUUAAGAUAAUGAAAACACGUAAGACAGAUAAUUACUACUAGCUUACAAAUUAACUUCACAAAAAUAUUUCAGCUAUGGCAGUUAAAAUUUUACUACAUGUGAUUCAGAAUUUAACAAUGUAAAAAAAAUCUCAUAAAAAUAAUAAACGAAAAUGAAUAAUCCAACAA